AUGAGCGCCGACCAGUCUUCGCACAACUACCAGCAGCAGCAGGACGAGGACAUCCUGGUGACGUCGCCCACGUCGUACGCGCUGCGCGAGUCCAUCCGCCGCUCGUCGUCCUCGGCCUCGGCGGACAUGAACCCGCCGCCGCUGCGCACCACGACGAGCGCCGAACACGGUCGCAUGCCGCGCUCCUCGUCGCGUGGCAGCAUGUUCAACCGCGCACCGCCGCCGCCGCCCCCGCACUACCCGCCGCAGAUCCCGGCGGCGCCCCACAGCGGCGGCAGCGCGUACGGCGGCAUGCCGCGCCCCGUGUCCAACCCGAACCUCGACGCCAUGACCGAGCAGAGCAUCGAGGGCAGCGGCCACUUGGGCCACUCGCUCGGCCCCAACUCGACGCCCUACGGCAACCAGCAGUACCAGCAGCAGCAGCAGUUCGCCAACACGGCCUCACCCGCCUACGGAGGCAGCAGCUUCAAUCCUGCCGCCACCACGACGGGCUUCGGAGGCACCGACUUCAGCCAGACGGCGCCCGUGAACAACGCCGGCAACCGCCGCUCCGUGUCGAGACGCAGCCUCUUCAGUCGCGAGACGUUCAUGCUCACGCGCGGCGAGAAGGAGUCGCGCAUGACGGUGCCCGAGGGAACCCCCACGGAGAUCCGCUGCGAAGGCUACCUGACCAAGCGAGGCCACCUGUUCACCAACUGGAAGACGCGCUACUUCACGCUGCGAGGCAACGUGCUCGAGUACUACUCGAGCGAGGAGAAGAGCAAGAAGUACGGCGCCGUGACGGUCGAGAAGGUGGCCACGUGGUCGGGCGAGGCGCACGGAUUCAUGUUCUACACCACCAAGCAGAUCCCGUACUACGUCUACGCGUCGUCGGAGUCGGAGCGGUCGAGAUGGCUGCGCGUGCUUAAGGAGUACAUGGUGGAAACCGAAGAGGUGAGUUGCGAAGGAUAUCUCACGAAGCGCGGCCACCUGGUCCCGAGCCAGCGCAUGGCGUACUACGUGUUGAACGGAACGUCGCUGCGCCACUACGCGGAUCAGCAGGCGUACCGCGACAAUCAGUUAGCGAUGGCGGAAGUCGAAAUACGAUCCGUCGCGGCUUGGGACGGCGAGGCGAAUGGUUUGAUGUUCAUGACGGUCACAGGGAACGUGUUUUAUGUGAUUGCCGAUACUGCCGGUGAGCAGCAGAAGUGGCUGGCAACGGUCAAGAAAUCGACGGCCAGCGUGCCGGAACCGGUGUCGUGCGCAGGGUAUCUGACGAAGCAGGGUCACAAGCGCAAGAGCUGGAAGAAGCGCUACUUCAUUCUGCGUGGGAACGCCAUUUCGUACUACUCGGACUAUGACAUGGCGAACAAUUCCAAGGGAAAACCUCUUGCCGAAGUGCUGGUUGAGGACGUGCAGAAGUGGGAUGGCGAGCCCUUCGGAUUCAUGUUCAUGACCACCGAGCAGGUGCCGUACUAUGUCUACGCAGAUAACGAUCGGGAGCGCAACAAGUGGAUGAACGCGUUGAACAAGCUGAACGCGGUGGUGGAGGAGCCGGAAGUGGAGAAGAAGCGCUGCCCGAACUGUAACGCAGUGCUGACGGGAUCCCGCUUCUGCGGAGCUUGUGGUUUCAACCUGCGUGGCACCACUGUUGGCGACCGUUCGUCGCGUGCGCAGACUGCCAAUGACGACGGAGAUGAGGACAUUGAUGGACGCGAUGACCUCGACGACGAAACGACGCCGUUUGAUGAACUGGAGGCUCUCUCCGAGGGCGCUAGGACACUUCUGCUUGCUGUGAUGCAAACGCCAGACGGCGUUGAUGUUGGCGAUAAGGAGGGUACGUAUCCUAACCGACUGACAAGAGGGUCGUCACAGCAGCGUAUGGAGCAGCCUGACCGCGACAACACCUCAGCUAGGUUUGACCAGGACAUUGCCGAGGCUCUCAAUGAAGUGGAAGCUGACGAGAAGCCUACUCCGGCUAAGUAUUCCGACUUGGAUGAGGAAGACGCUAAGGCAACUUCGUACGAUGCGAAGCCGGCCCCUCGUUCUCCGGUGCGAAGACCAAGCGAGGAUUCCAGCAGUGACGCGGAUUCUCCGGCGUCGUCCCCGCCACCUCGACAAAUCCCAUCUCCCGUGGCGGCUCCUCCGACGCCGCCGAAGUCCAAGAAGACUACACUGACACCUAACUUCGGUAUCGUGGAGCCUGAGCCUAAAAAACACAGUUUUACCUCCUUUAGCGACUCUGAAGAAGAGUCGAAGGCGGAGCCGAAGCCUGCUCCUGUGCCGGUACGAACUUCAUCUCGGUCAUCGGCAGGGUUGCUCAUGGCUGGCAUGGGACGUCGCAAAACAACUGCAAUGCUGGCGAUGGAGUCGAGUAGUGAUGAAGAAAGCGGGGACGACACCGAACUGCCGACGAAACCGGCUUCGGAUGCGUACAAGAAGGGCGACGAGAAGCCAAGGGGUUCGGAUGAUGACGAGGAAGAAGAGGGCAAGCCCACUGGAGAUGAGGCUGAAGAUCGUGAACGUAAGAGCUCUGCUGACUCGUUGGAGCUGGACACUCGUGGAAUUUCUGCCUUUGAGGAGCCAGUCGAGCUGCCAAAGCUGAAGCACCCCGCGAACCCGUCUAUUCGUAUGAGCGAACGCACGGACAAGAAGGACAUCUACAACUUUAUGGAGAGGGAGUUGGACUUCACGCCUCAGUUUGUACCAUCAGCUGACUCGCCAGUUCGCUGCCGUUUCUACAGCUCGAUGGCCUACACAUCAGCAAAGAAGGUUAUCCUGUUCCUGGCUGACUCUGGCCCUCUUGGUCUCUGGAAGCAGGACCCGGAGAACAAAAAGCUUACAAUUGACCACAAGUGGUCGAUGACACCCUACUUCAGUCGUGCGCAAGAAGAGGGUUACGGAAUCGUGGUUUGCAACCCGUUCUCCAACUCGGCCGUCGUUUACGAGGCUGGAGGAUUCGAGCGUGAAGUCCCCAUUCCCAACUCUACUACGCCCACGGAGCACGUCCUUUUCGUGUGGGAUCAGUUCAUCACGAAGUGCAAGGGCCAGGUGUCUAUCAUCGCGUACGCGCGUGGUGGUGCCCUUGUGAAGUCCAUUUUGGAGACGUACGAGCUGAGCGCUCGAGAAAAGAUUCAUCGCAUUGCGCUGAUCGAGUCCAAGCACGAAAUCGAUCACAACGAGUCUCCUGGUAUUCUUGAGCUUCUCGGUCGCCGAUCGAUUAACUGGGAAGCGUCGUACGAGCCGCUUGGCGCCCAGAUCGUGGACUCGCAGGCGCGCGUGAACUGUGUGUGUCUGUCAUUGGGCUUCAUGCCGUCCCAGGAGGCCGACAACACACCGAAGACCCUGGAAAAGGCCGAAGACCCUGCAUUCGCAUUUAUCGGCGCCAACCCGAACCAACCAGGCAUGACCGCUGUUGUAAAGCACGUUCGUGCCGAACUGAGAAAGCGAAAGACGGCUACGAAGCCUAUCGGUCGCCCGCGGCGACAGUCUAACAUAAUUGUGAUUGGUGAAACUGAUGGCGAUGAGUCCAGCGAUAUGUCCGGUGGCGCCGACGAGGGCAAGAACGGAAACAAAAACAAUGGAUCUGAUGAAGACGGCAAAAUCAAGGCGACGUACUAUUUGCCCAAGCCAGUGGCGAAGCCCAAGCGCAACUCUGGUUCUAGCAGUGGCUCGAAUAGUGACAAGCAGCGUUUGAUCUCGGACAAGGACUUCGAGCUGAUGAAGGUCGUUGGUCAGGGUGGUUUUGGUAAGGUGUUCUUGUGUCGGAAGGUCACCCCGCCGCACCAGGGUGAGUGUUACGCCAUGAAGGUGCUGAAGAAGCAGCAGGUUGUUUCGUCGGGCCUCGUUAACACGACGAUGGCGGAGCGUAAAAUUCUGACGGAGAUCUCGCAUCCGUUCGUGGUCAAGCUGCACUACGCUUUCCAGAGUGAGUCGAAGCUGUACCUCGUGAUGGAUUACCUCAGCGGUGGAUCGCUGGCUACGCACCUACGCCGCCGUCGUAAAUUCCCGGAGGAGUGGGCUCGCUUCUACGCUGCCGAAGUCGGCGUAUCUGGUCUGAAGGGCGCUACGACUUUCUGUGGCACUGCUGCAUACAUCGCACCCGAGCUCCUGAAGGGCAAGGCUUACGGCAAGGCUGCUGAUUGGUGGUCGUUCGGUAUUCUGCUGUACGAGAUGAUCGGCGGAAAGCCGCCUUACUACCACCGCAACCGGGACAUUAUGUUCCAAACUAUUCUGAAGCAGGACUGGGUCACUUUCUCGCCCAGCUUCUCCGACGCUGCGAUUUCGCUCAUCAAUGGGUUGCUCACGCGUGACCCGAUGAUGCGUCUUGGCAGCGGCCCGCGGGGCGCGGACGAGGUGCUGACACACCCGUUCUUCGACAGCAUUGACUGGCCGGAGCUGCUCGAGCGCAAGAUGCAGCCUCCGUUUAACCCGGGUGUUGGCAAGAUGGACACGCACUACGUUCCUCGCAACAUGAAUGAAAUUACGGCCCGCGAUCGCGAGCCGAGUGUGAUGAUGGCGAAGACAGACCGCCCGAACGACUUCGACGGGUUCAGCUUCGUGGGGCGGCCUUCGUCGCUAUCGAAUGUGUGAUAAGACAUACCUGUGAGACAGGAUACGCUUGCUGACCCCCUGGGGCGCGCCGAAGAGGGAUAGGAACCAAUCAAGAAUCGCGGGAGGAGCUCGCGCGGGUGGUGACAGCAAAGAGAAACAAAACAAAAGGAAAGAUGAG